UAUAAUUAAUCUGUUCGUGUUGUUCUGGGGAAGUAGCCUGCGGAAAGUGUGUCGCUCAGUGCAGAACAGCUUUGCGUGGUGCUUCUGGGUUACGGUCCCGCGAACAUGACCUGAAGGGGGAUACGUUCGUCAACCCCGACCCAGCCAGCCCUCCCUUGGUGGUGCGUGCUCGGCCGACACGUGACCUGGCGGAGCCAUGCCUGCGCGAAAGGGCUUGCUCGCACCCCAGAACACAUUCCUGGACACCAUCGCAACCAGGUUUGAUGGAACUCACAGCAACUUCGUGCUGGGCAAUGCACAGGUGCCGGCGCUGUUCCCCAUCGUGUACUGCUCAGACGGUUUCUGCGAGCUGACGGGCUACCCGCGGGCGCAGAUCAUGCAGAAGGGAUGCGCCUGCGCCUUCCUCUACGGGCCCGAGACCAAGGAGGAUGCGAUACGCGAGAUAGACGACGCCCUCGAGAACAAGACCGAGCUCAAACUCGAGGUCAUCUUCUACAAGAAAAAUGGAAGCCCGUUCUGGUGCCUGCUGGACAUCGUGCCCAUCAAGAACGAGAAGCACGAAGUGGUCCUCUUCCUGGCAUCGCACAAGGACAUCACCAAGUCCAAGAUGGCCGAGAUCGAGACGGACGACGCGGACGAGACGGCCGAGCUCGAUGCAAACGGCAACGUGGAUCUGGAGGGCUGCGUGCAGAACAACAACUACCAGCGGCGACGGAGUCGGGCGGUCCUCUAUCAACUCUCGGGUCACUACCGCCACGAAAAGAAGAUGUCCAAACUCAAGCUCAACAACAACCUGCUGCACUCGACGGCGCUGCCCGAAUACAAGACGGCGGCCAUCAAGAAGUCCCGCUUCAUCCUUUCCCAUUACGGCGCCUUCAAGACCUGCUGGGAUUGGCUAAUCCUGGUCGCCACGGUCUACGUCGCUGUCGUCGUGCCUUACAGUGCCUGCUUCGGCGAGAUGCAGAGCCACACCGUGCAGCAGCAGCAGCAACGGAUCGCCCUGAUGGCGGCAGGCCUGAACGCGAGCUCGCUGCUCGAACGGGAGUACGCCGCCAACGAGAGCAGCUACGGGGCGGGCGGUGGGGUCCCGGCGGGGAGUGCGCUGCCGCCGCCAGCCGCGGAGCCGCAGCUGGACGGCAACAGGACAAUCAUCUCCGACGUCAUCGUCGAGGCCAUGUUCAUCAUCGACAUCGGCCUCAACUUCCGCACGACCUUCGUAAACAAGAAGGGCGAGGUGGUGGCCAAGCCCAAGUCGGUGGCCCUCAACUACCUGCGCGGCUGGUUCAUCGUCGACCUGCUGGCCGCGUUGCCCUUCGACUUGCUCAACGCCGCUGGACUGUACAGCAGGGACAACCAGAUGUACCUGCACCUAUUGAAACUGACGCGGCUGCUGCGACUCGCGCGGCUGCUGCAAAAGAUGGACCGAUACUCGCAGUACAGCGUGGUGGUCCUCACACUUCUCAUGCUCAUGUUCACGCUCGUCUCGCACUGGCUCGCAUGCAUAUGGUUUGUCAUCGCCGUCCAGGAGAUGGAGUCAUACCCAAACAACAACAUCAGUUGGUUGAACCAGCUCUCUAUGAAGUUGCAGUACGACGUGCUGCGACCCCUCGACAUGGCCGCCACGUACAUCACGGCGCUCUACUUCACCACGAGCUCGCUCACCAGCGUGGGCUUCGGGAACGUAGCGGCCAACACAAACGCCGAGAAGGUGUUCUCCAU